UAUAAACACAUUCACUGUGUGAUUUGCUGCUCAGUUUGUCAUUAUUUCUCUAAUCAUCGUUUCGUACGAAUAUGGCGAUACAGUAUCAACUCCUGAAGAGAGCCAUAGAUAGAUUUACGAGUUCUUCCAGUAUUCAUCAUCGCCGUGCUAUUUCCUUACUCCGUGCUGAUUUCUCCACUUCCGAUGCUCCGCCGCAGAUUCCGCCGUUCGAUCACCAGCCGCGGCCGUAUAAUGGUCCUUCCGCCGAUGAAGUUUUCCAGAAACGGAAGAAGUUUCUCGGACCUUCUCUUUUCCACUUCUACCAAAAGCCUCUUAACAUUGUUGAAGGGAAGAUGCAAUACUUGUUUGAUGAGAGUGGUAGGCGAUAUCUGGAUGCAUUUGCUGGAAUUGUCACUGUCUCAUGCGGUCACUGCCAUCCCGAUAUUCUAAAUGCUAUUAUGGAACAAAGCAAGCUACUUCAGCACGCCACGACCAUUUACCUGCAUCAUGCCAUUGGCGAUUUCGCUGAAGCGUUAGCUGCCAAGAUGCCUGGAAAUCUAAAGGUUGUGUACUUUGUUAAUUCUGGCUCUGAAGCUAAUGAGCUAGCAAUGAUGAUGGCUAGGCUUUACACCGGUAGCCUUGAGAUGAUUUCGUUGAGAAAUGCUUAUCAUGGUGGAAGUUCCAAUACCAUUGGACUAACAGCUCUUAACACAUGGAAGUACCCAUUACCACAGGGUGAAAUUCAUCACGUUGUAAAUCCAGAUCCAUACCGUGGAGUAUUUGGCUCUGAUGGUUCUCUUUAUGCUAAAGAUGUCCAAGACCACAUCGAGUAUGGUACCUCUGGAAAAGUAGCUGGAUUUAUCGCAGAGACUAUCCAGGGGGUUGGAGGAGCUGUAGAAUUGGCUCCUGGUUAUUUAAAGUCGGUUUAUGAAAUUGUGCGCAACGCUGGUGGUGUAUGCAUUGCUGAUGAAGUCCAGACUGGAUUUGGCCGAACAGGAAGUCAUUAUUGGGGUUUCCAGACUCAAGAUGUGGUUCCUGACAUAGUCACUAUGGCAAAGGGAAUUGGAAAUGGAUUGCCAUUAGGAGCGGUGGUGACUACACCAGAAAUUGCGAGUGUUUUAGCUAGCAAAAUUCUGUUCAACACAUUUGGUGGAAACCCGGUUUGUUCAGCUGGUGGACUUGCUGUUCUAAACGUUAUUGAUAAGGAGAAACGCCAAGCACAUUGUGCUGACGUUGGCUCACACCUUAUUCAACGUUUGAAAGAUCUGCAGAAAAGACAUGAUAUCAUUGGAGAUGUGAGAGGAAGAGGACUAAUGGUUGGGAUCGAGCUUGUGAGUGACCAGAAAAACAAGACACCAGCAAAGGCUGAAACAGCUGUCUUGUUUGAGCAACUCAGAGAACUUGGCAUUCUCGUUGGAAAAGGGGGACUCCAUGGGAACGUUUUCAGGAUAAAGCCACCGAUGUGUUUCACUAAAGACGAUGCAGAUUUCUUGGUAGAUGCAUUGGAUUAUUCCAUCUCCAGGUUGUGAGGAAGGAUGAAACAAAGCGAAUAAGGAGGAUAUGAUCGCUAAUCUUAUAAAAAAACCAUCUGAACUUUUGUGUACACAAAAAAAAAUAAAAUUGUAUUCAUUUCUUGUACUUUUCAGUAAUGACUAAUGACCAAAUUUGCUGGAAAUUAGCAAAAGUUCUCUUAAAUA